AUGGGUGAUGCAUUUUUCGGUUCCGCACUAUUGGACCAUUUAAACAUGACCAGAUUCCUCAGUUUGUUAGAAGCAACUGGAUCUUCAGACUCUUCAUUAGACGGUGCUGCUUCAAUGAAUCCCAUCAGCAAAGAAAUGUACUGCUGCGUUAAGCCCAACACAGAUUCUGUGGUGACUGCGGGAUCAACCAGAAGUUUGAGCAGGUUUAUUCGAGUGGAAGCCAAAUCACUGGAUGGAAGAGAAUUAGAGGACACAAAGCUAGCUUAG